UCGCCCCUCUUCGGCUCCCCGCCCCCCCCGCCCAAGGAGGUGUCCCCGGACCCCAGCUCCACCAGCGCCGCCUCGCCCUCCUCGUCCUCGGCCGGCGCCCGGCAGGAGGAGAAGGACAGCAUCAAGUACCAGGUGUCCCUGGCGGACGGCAUGAAGGUGGAGAGCGCCAGCCCGCUGCGGAGCAGCCUGAGCUCCAUGGGGGCGCAGCCCUCCACCCACCACCCCAUCCCCACCUACCCGUCCUACGUGCCCGCCGCCCACGACUACAGCAGCAGCCUCUUCCACCCCGGCGGCUUCCUGGGCGGCCCGGCCUCCAGCUUCACCCCCAAGCAGAGGAGCAAGGCGAGGUCGUGCUCAGAAGGCAGAGAGUGUGUGAACUGUGGAGCUACUGCCACCCCUCUCUGGAGAAGAGACGGCACUGGGCAUUACCUGUGUAACGCCUGCGGGCUCUACCACAAAAUGAACGGUCAAAACCGACCUCUUAUUAAACCUAAACGAAGACUGUCAGCAGCUAGGAGAGCAGGGACCUGUUGUGCCAACUGCCAGACGACCACUACCACCUUAUGGCGACGUAAUGCAAAUGGGGACCCAGUAUGUAAUGCCUGUGGACUUUACUAUAAAUUGCACAAUGUGAACAGGCCUCUGACCAUGAAAAAGGAAGGAAUUCAGACCAGGAAUAGGAAAAUGUCCAACAAAUCAAAGAAAAGCAAGAAAGGCUCAGAGUGUUUUGAGGAACUGUCCAAGUGCAUGCAAGAGAAAUCGUCUCCAUUCAGCGCUGCCGCCCUUGCCAGUCACAUGGCUCCAAUGGGGCAUUUGCCACCUUUUAGCCACUCUGGACACAUCUUACCGACCCCUACCCCCAUCCACCCAUCUUCCAGCAUCUCAUUUGGACAUCCACAUCCAUCCAGCAUGGUUACAGCUAUGGGAUAGAAUCUGAAGACCAAGAGACCCGCACAGAGAUUAAGAACAUGGGGCUUUGCCUAAAAUGACAACAUGUAAGAAAAGAUUCUGCCAAGAGGAGAAUGUAGGGAAGAAAAAAGGAAGGAAAAAAAGGGAUCUUGCUCCAGUGUGGUUCAAUUCUUAGCGCUGGACUAAAAACUUUGCAAUUAUGGGUCUUCUGCAGAAACGCUUAAUGGUGCCUAUAUGCACUUUGCCCCCUCAGGUAUAAGGAAAAAGAAGAACUCACCUGUUUGAUACCUACUGGUCCAGCGAAAAACGAAAGGUGGCAGAAGCAGCAGAAGAAAGAAGCUGGAACUGGCUCUCCUUUCUCUCUUUGUUAUUACUGUGAAUAUUGUAAAGAAAUUAACAGCCCCCAUGGCAGAAGAGAGGCUGGUAGCCACCCAUGCUGGAUUUCUAUCAUUGACUUUGUUUGGGGGAGGGAAAAACAAAGGACAACUUUAUAGAAGCUUAAUUUUUAACAAGGAAUCAGACACAGAAAGUUAUUAUUUAUUUUGCUCCUGUUUUCCUCUGAGAGCCUCAAAUCUUCUGACUUGCAUGUUUUUGUGCUUUUUCUUUUUCUGUUUGUUAUUUGUUUUUUGUUUUUUUUAUGAAUGUCUGCCCUGCUAGAAAACAGAUUCAUAACAGGAAAAGCACAGUGCUAAACAACUACCCCUUGACUCUCCUUCAUCGGUUUUACAUACAAAAAAUAUCUGCUAGGUAAAGGAUACAAGAGAAGAAAACAAAGCAAAAAUGUAGCUGUGAUAGGCGAUUUGUAAUGAGCCCAAGAUGCAGAUUAUUUUGACAUCAUUCUUACAUUUUUUUUCCUUAACAUAAAAGAUUUUAUUUUUAAAAAGUUAUCCCCAAACUAGGCAACUCAAUAGGAUAAAUCACUGAAAAAUACAGUUGUAGAAAACAAUCUUGCACUGGCUGGGACUGAGUGACAGGGGCUCUUAUGAACCUGUCCCAUCUAACUUCUAAAAGUCUGUCAGCAACCGCAAAAACCAGCAUAGGGCAGAAAAAUAUCCCAUUCAAAAACUCUUGAGGUUGAAGCAUUUUGAUUUUGUUCUGUUGGCAGCUGUCAAUUUAAGAUGUAGACUAGCUGCCUGUGGUAUACUCACCAUAAUCUGGCUACAAAGUCCAUGAGAAGCCGGAGCACAAGCUGUCUGUGGGCAUGCCAGCCCCUCAGCGGACUUCACAUUCGGGAGUGAGGAAGGGCAGAAGUUUUAGGUUAAGAUCACUGGAGGGGAGAAAGAGAGAGACAAUCAGUUUCAGCUUCACACAUCCUUCAAAUCCCAGCCGCUGUAACAGCUGAUGAGGUGAAGGGACGGUGACGUUCUAAGGGGAACGACUGUUUUCCGGAGCACAUUUUAUAUUUAAAAAAAAUAACUAAAAAAAAAAUUAAAAAUGUCCCAUUAUUAAACCAUAUUGUAUGUAAACAACCGAAAACAAAGCUAUUGCCAAUGUGAAGUGUAUUCUAUUGAUUGUUAUGAUCUGAUGCCUCUCAUGAACACAAACUCCAGUAUAACAUACGAUGUACAUAUUUAGCUAUACUUCUGAUGAAAAUGCCCCAAUGAGCAGAGGGGUUUGAUAAUGUAAACCACGUAAGCUUAACUCUGUGACAAGCUUUUUUUUUUUUUAACUUUGACUUUUUUUUCAUCACGCCAAUUGUAUUUUACUGCAAAAGUCCUGCUUUAAAGAAACAUACAAAAUGGAUGUACAUUUUUUUUUCUAAAUAUAUAAUUCAAAUAUUUGAUAAUGAACUAAGGACCAAGCAGCCAUGGAUAUCCUGCUUUCCUCCUCCUUCUGGUCUCUGUAGGCAUAUAGCUGCACUUUGUAAAGAAGUGGAAAUAAAUGAAUGGGAAAAAAUUGUUGGGAGAAACAGUAAGAAUUUGUAAUCUACUGAGUCAAAAUUUGGUCCUUUUAACUUUUUGUCUUUUACUAUGGUACAGCUGUACAUUAUUUGUACCCAGCUCAAAUUUCUGUAGGUUUUGAGGGGGGAGGGAAGGGUUCUGGGGCAGAAGAAGGGUUACUGAUAUACUGUUGACAAAGUGCAAUAUAUUGUCAGUCACUGCAGCAUAGACAACAGCAGUCAAGAUUUAAAUUAUUUUUACCUGUAUCAGCAUAAAAAUUCUGCAGUAUUUUCUGGUUUUAUUUUUAUUUUUUUUAAUUUUGCUUAUUUUUGAAUUAGUGAACUAAGUUAUUGUUAAUUAUGUACAACAUGUUUAUAUAUUGUCUGUAAAAAGUGUAUGCUUUACUCAUAUUCCUUCAAGGUGAAUCCUGCUAAGAAUAAUAAAAUACCUUUUUGUGA